CUGAAAACCCUUUUUAGAAUCGCGGACUCUUAUCUAACGUUGUUAUGGUCGUUAUUUUCCAUCACAAAGGUAGAAGACACAGACGUUGCCGAGGUGAAAUCGCUAGCAUUUAUGAAUCACCACCUAACCCAAUCUGUUGGACGUGCAAUGUUCAUCUUGUACCAUUGUACAUCAAUUAUCGUGCUUCUAAACAUGCUGAUCGCCAUGAUGAGCCAUUCAUUCCAGACUAUUAAUGAUCAUGCUGAUUUGGAGUGGAAAUUCCACAGAACGAAAUUGUGGAUGGCUCAUUUCGACGAAGGGUCUAGCCUUCCGCCUCCUUUCAAUAUUGUUAUCACACCUAAGGCGGUGGUCUACUUCUUCUUCGGUAUCGUUAACACCUUUCGAUGCUUAGUUGGGAAGUACACUUAUGCAAAAAGUACAAGUCGAGCAACUAUUAGACGGCCCGGUUACUCACGUAAGAUGAAAGAUAAUCCUGACGAGGCAAGUAAGAAGCCAUUAACGUAUGCGGAUAUAAUCCAAAGGCUUGUCUCAAGGUUUAUCCACCAAACAAAGAAAGAUAUGAAGAUGGAUGGAGUGAACGAGGAUGAUUUGCUCGAAAUCAAACAGGACAUCAGUAGUCUAAGAUAUGAACUAAGAGAUGAUCGCCGUCGAGAGAUCGUUCGAAGCUCGUCACAUAUCGAUGCAGUAAAAAGGGACAUAAUGAGGACAAUGAGCAGUACAAGAAGUCGUGUACUACCGGGUACUUAUCGCAUUCCUAGAGAUCGUUCAUCUGUCGCCGAGGAGCUGGAGUUG